UUUGAUCCGAAACGAAAUAAAACUUCAAAGUAAGAUUUUCAAGGAAGAAGUGAUUUUCUUCUGAAUUUACACAUACAAGUGUAUUAGAAUCAACCGAAUAGGUUGACUUGAUAGAGUUUGAUGAUGGCAGAAGCUGGGCCUCCGGAGAAAGAUGCACCGUUUCUCAAAUUUCACCAGCUGACACAACUCCAGAUAUACGAUGACCAACCAACGACACUAGAACCUAAAGAACGCUUGAACUUACUGGCAGUUUCCAAUGAAUAUGGCUACACCUUCGUUGGCUGUAACUCAGCUAUAAAAAUUCUGAGGACGUCAGAUAUCAGGGAUUGUACUUACUGCAAUGACCCAAAUGCAGCUUCAAGGGUGAGUGACUAUAACUGCUCCAAGGUAGAGCUCAACGCCAAUCCUGUACAUCUAGCCUUGAAUGCAGACAACCUCGUCUUAUCAGCAUGUACAAUGACCGAAACCAACCUCAUGGUGGCGCUGUUUGAUGUACGAAGUCUCGUACGCGGGGGCAGCAAUGUGUCUCCAUUCGCCAGUGUCCCUCUCUCAAAGGAACCCAGCAUGCAGCUCGUCAACCUGGCAUGGAAUCCCGUCCACGCUUCUUGCUUCGCUACGUGUCUCUCCGAUGGCAGCAUGGCAUUAUGGGACAGCUCGGGAGACAAUAUCGCAAGAGCGUUUGAGCUGCCAGAAGGUGUAAACAUCAAAGCCAUGUGUUGGAGCCCCAAGGGUAAGCAGAUAGUCCUGGGUACCUCCAGUGGAGAGCUCGUUCAGUACAACCAAAAACUGGAUAUCAAGAAAACCAUCCGAUCUCCGGACUUUACGACUGAACAGGUCAAGGUUGUCGACAUCUUAUGGUUGUCGACGUACAUGUUUGCUGUGGCUUAUCUCGAUGCCGAAGAGACCCUUCAUCCAAACCUUGCCAUCGUUAAUGCUCCUAAAGAAGGACCGCCUACUUUUUUAAACUUUGAGGACGUCUGUUAUGGAAGUGAACAGUUGAGAUCAGCGCAAUACCAGUUGCAGAAUUUUGAAAAAUGGUCCUUCCUGGUAGCCGUGUCCAGUAAUGCUAUAGAAGCAGCUGUGCUGGGUCGAUCGCCAGUGACUCCAUCGACGUGGGAGGUCUGGACUGUCGACGAUUCAUCCCGUAUCGAACUUCCGUUGACCGGUGACGAUAAGGAAACCUACCCAAUGGGCAUCGCUUUGGAUCUGUCCCUGGCAGCACCGUUUGAAUUGAAUAAUAAGAAGUAUCACCCCCCUCCAAUGUUAAUGGUUUUGUCCACUGAGGGUGUGCUGUGUCCAUACUAUGUGUUAAAUGCUGAUGCGUCUGAGGCCAUCACUGCCAGGGCUCAACCAUUGCCUGUUGAAGGGGAGAAAAUUGGCAGACCUUCCCUUACCCAACCACAAAUCCCAAGGUCAGCGCCCCAAGCAGUGCCCACCCAGCCUCUUCAAGUACCCAGACUGACCCCUCAGGCACCCCCGCAAGCACCCCAGCAAGCACCCCAGCAAGCACCCCCUCAAACACCUCCUGAACAGGCAAGGCCGUUAUCAACAAUCCCAGCAUCAGCUCCAAUCCACAAAUCGUCAAGUACCGGGAGUUUCUCUCACGGUCCCAAGUCAACAUCUUCAACGUCUUCCUUAUUUAACAUGAAGCCCAACCAAACUGACCGGAGCGCUAGCUUCUCCUUCUCCAGCCCCAAACAGCCGACCCCCACAACUGGCCCUUCAACCUUCAGCGCCGGGGGCCUUUUCGGCAAGCCCACAGUCAGCAGUAGCACCCCAGCAAUAUUCUCUUUCGGCAGUAAACCUGACGAAGCUAAAGCUGGUAGCGCUGUCGGCGGGAAGGCCUCUUUUCCGUUUGUAGCUCCGAAAGCUGUACCUGCUGGUUCGUCGCUUUCUCAAGGAGGUGCUCAAGGGUUAUCGGAGCAAGGGAGGUUCGUCCAGCAGCCAGCUUCGACCUACCAGGGCUCCCCUCAAGCUGCUCAGUCACCAGGAGGCGCAGGUCCUGGAAGUCUCUUCGGAGACCUCAAAUCUCAACACCCGGCGUCUUCGUCCGCCUUUUCCUUGUCGCAACAGAAGACGCCUGCAGGAGCGAACGCAUUGAGUGGAGGUGUACAACCAACAGACAGCGUAAAAGACAGCAAUUCCGCACCUUCCUUGAAGACAUCUGGGUUUGGGAACCCCACCCCUAGAACAUCCCCAGGGAAAGCCCCCCUCGGGUCGGAACCCAAAUCAGGACUAUUUUCCUUUGCCCCAUCAAGUCAAGUCGCCAGUCAAGCAAAUCAAUUCGGGAGUGCUCCCCCUAACCGCGUUGCCCCUCCAUCCGGCUACCCCAACCAAGUCGCUCCAUCUGGGGACGGGUUAUCUCAAAGACAAAACAGACCUCCGGCUUACCCCGGCGUCGUCCCCCAAAAUGAAGUCGCUUCUCGGUCUGGUGUUCCCCCUAAUCAAGUGGCCCCUCAGCCUGGUGUUCUCCCUAAUCAAGUGGCCCCUCAGCCUGGUGUGCCCCAAAAUCAAGUCGCCCCGCUGCCCGCUUAUUCAACACAGUCCCCUUCAUCAGCCAAGCAACAACCCGGCCAGGCUGUUCCGGAGUACAAACCCACACCCACUGCACAAGCACCGCCGCCUGAGGCAGCUCCUGAAGAGAGCGGGGCCAGGCCCAGAGGGAAGGUAGCCUUUACUGGAAGUGCCGUGGACUUGGCCUAUUUCUCCAACAUUAAGGAAGAGAGGGAGCAUUUUAUGAAGGAGAUGUUGGAGUUGGAAAACCACACCAAGAAUGCAAAUUUCAGAGUGGGUGAACGCUCCGAACUGACAGAAAUGAAGAAAGCUAUAGACGAUCUGCUUAAGUUCAAAUCGAAAGUCUUAGACAUCACCAAGUCUGAUAACGAAGAAAUCCACGAGAUAAAGGCCAAGUUCCUAAGUACCUUCGCCCAGCUGGAAGACGCUCGUAUCCGCAAGCAGCGAAACAACGACCCUCGCUACUUGCAGCUUCUCAGAUCGCGAGCCCUGGAUCCGCAGACAGCUCAUCAGCUCCGUGACAUUCACAGUAAUUAUCACUACCUGAAGACCGGACUGGGGGAUGUGAGUGGCUGUCUGGAUGCGCAGUGGGAGGAUUUCAAUAAACGGAAGAGCCGCAGAGAAGGAAGGAAACUCGGUACCCCGAUGAUGGAUACCAUCUAUCAGACAUUGAGUCAUCAUUAUAAUAUCGUGAUAACUCAGAGAGGGAAGUUAGAGAAGCUAAGACAGCAGCUGAUACAGGCACGACGGUACGACAUGAGCGAGGCACCAUGGGAACGUGGCAUACUACCAUCUCCUCCAGAAAGGUCUGGUAACUUGUCUUCUCUGGCUGCUAAGCUGUCUAGUACAACCAUCAGUUCUCCAACGAAGACUAGGUCCACCCCAGUCUCAUCUAAGAAACAAGCUCAGCUGAGGAAGGCUUUAUCUAGAAGAGCAACUACUCCGAGAAGAACAGCAUCAAAAAUGGACAUUUCAGAAAUGAGCUCCCUGAAUCAAAGCUAUUCCAGUCCUCCUGGAGCCUUCGCCAAUCGUCGACUCCAGUUCCACGAGGAAGAAUCUCCUGUUGCCCCUCCACCAGCUAGCAGACUGACAACCUCUUCCGUCGACAGCCCUGAUGUUCGUACAGGUAGAGGCAUUACCCAGGCUAGAGUGGGAGGCAGUUUAGAGCGUGUUGCUGCAGCACCGUCGAGUCAGAUUGUGGAUGAGAAACGGUCUGAGGCUGGCCGCCAUGUUGAACGAAAACACGCCAUGCCCUAUGUGUCUUCUCCGCUACCUAUAGGGAAGCCCUCCUCAACCAACCCCGCCCUCCCUGAAACCUCAUCCCCAUCUAGCUUCAUUCAUUCGGGGCGUGGCACAGUGGUGUGGGGCACCAAGACCACACCCGUGAAAUCCCCGCCCUCGACCAGGGUGUCCUCUUCGGGGGCGAUCCCGAAGAAAUCGAUCGCAAAGACAGCGGAGUUGCCGCCAGUUGUGAAUGUCAAGAAUAUCAACGCUAUGAAGGAGAGUAUGCCUCCUCCAGUCACCUUUGCACCCGUUUCAAGUACGAUGGACGAGGGAACGGCCAAGGUAAUCAACCAAGUCUUAGCGGAAAUAAAUCACACAAGUGGACACAUGCAGCCUGAACCAAGCGAUCAAAAUGAACAGCGAGUUAGCUUUUCCAAUGAUCCCUCUCCUGUCGCCCAGUCUGUCCAACCCUCCAAACCAUUCUCAAUGCUGGGUGCUUCCAGGACCCCAGCUCCUCAAUCUACAGCUCCUAGCACCUCUACAAUCCCACCUCAUGUAGGUUUGUCAUUCGGGGCUCAGGGCUCUUUGUUUGGGGCAAAGAGAGACAGUUCCUCAGCUGUAGUGUCUAAUUCUACUCUCGCAGCCAAGGGAAGCCUUCCCUCGUUUCAAGGGUUAGCCUCUCCGAACGUCACAGCCCCUAAACCUGGUCUUGGGUCGGCGGAGUCGGCAUCGCUUGGAGGUACAAGCUCAUGGUUGGCCUCCUCGGCGUCGGUUCAACAGACUCCUGCUGGGGUGAAACCCAACCUGUUUGACUUCAACAAGGAUCAGAAGGCUGCGGCAAGUACAAGUACUCCAGGUGGAUUCUUUGUAGCUUCAACAACUAAAGACCCAUCUCAAGAGUCAACAGAGACCGUGAAUGCAUCGGGAGGAUCGUCAACAGCCACGACGGACACCACUCCUUUUAAAUCUUCCCAAAAACCAAGUUUUGGCGUGAAGGCCAUCAUAACCGCUCCACCAUCAACCUCUGUCGUUGAGCCAACCCCAACUGUAGCAGCGGUACCGGCAUUUGGAAGCAGUUUUGGUCAAGGGACGGCUAAACCAUUUUCUGCGACGGCGCCUAAGGCUCCUAGUAGCGGUUUGAAGCAACUUCUCCAACAGGGAGAGGAUGAAGCUGGUACAGGGCUCGCUAAACCUUCAACAUCUGGGUUGUUUGGCAAACCAUCGGGAACACUCGUGGAAGGUUCGACUAGCACAGAAGGAGGACAAACCGCCAACAUCCAGCCACAAGGAGUGGAUGAAGCAGGUAUUAGAUCUCCCAUCAAUGCUUCUGAUGUUACCGACCAUCCCACUCCUGCAACCAGUUCAAUGACCUUUAGUACUCCAGGAUCUGCAGCACCAACCACAACAUCAACCACUGGGUUGUUUGGCAAACCAUCGGGAACACCUGUGGAGGGUUCGACUGGGACAGCAGGGGGAAUGUUCGGAUCCAAGCCAGCGGGUGCAAGUAUAUUUGGGGCAACAAGCUCUACUUCAACAAGCUCAGCUCCAGCUGCAGGUUUUGGCAACCCAUCAUUUGGGUCGGCUCCAACAUUUGAGAAGACGCCUUCAACUGGGCUAUUCAGCGCCUCAUCCUCGGGAUUCAGCUUCGCACCGAGUGCCACCCCAGCCACGACAACAACCGCCGCAUCAGAGACUGCUAAAACCAAACCACAAUCAUUGUUCGGCCUCCUCAAGGACGACACUCCAACUACCUUAGCGGCUACGAGCACCAGUUCCUUAUUCGGGUCAACAACAAGCGGCAGCACUGCGGCGAAGAGUCUAUUCGGCCAACCGACAUCAACUUCGACAUCUCUGUUCGGCCAGCCACCAUCCAGCACCAGUGGGGUUUUCGGUCAACCGGCUUCACCAGCUAGUACGAGUGGGCUGUUCGGCAAGCCCACAUCAACGACGGCAAGCUCCGGGGUUGGGCCGUUCGGAUCGCCUGCCGCCACGACCGCCUCAAUGGGGGGUACUUUUGGACAAGCUUCAUCGGCCUCCCCGUUUCAGCAGACGGCAGCCAGUGGGCCAUUUGGUACUAGCUCAACAUUUGGGCAACAAUCUCCAGGAGGAUUGUUUGGUCAAGCGUCGACUUCGGCUCCGGCUUUUGGUCAAAGCCCUUCUGUAUUUGCCCAGUCCUCAUCAACGACAUCCACGAGCGUCUUUGGUGGUGCCGGUGGGGAUGGUGGAGGAGGUUUCUUUAGCGGUCUUGGCGGUCGACCUAACCCAGAAGCAGCGAGGACCAAUCCUUUCGGCACCCCAUCAGCAUUUGGAACCUCUGCAGGUAAUACUUCUAUCUUCGGAGGUCAGGGCGCUACAUCAUUUAGUAGUGGAUCAACGCCUGCUAGUACUAACACAGCUUCUGUGUUUGGAGGAGGAUUCAGCAAUUCUGGUGGUGGGGUAGCUAAGGCUGGAUUCGGGGUGACCCAACAGACAUCCGCUUCCUCGGGUUUUGGAGGUGCCCCGUCAUUUGGUAGCCCUCCAGCGUUUGGGAGUACACCCUCGUUCGGAGGCUCAACAUUUGGCAACCCAGCCGGGUUUUCGGCAAGUCCUUUCGGUCAGCCGUCCUCAUUUGGGGCUAGCCCCAGCGCACCUACGAGUGCUGCACCCGCCAAUGGUUUCACAGGUUUUGCUUCUCAAGACACGCCCACAUUUGGAUCUCUAUCAACGGCAACUACUCAGCAGACCCAACCUACCUUUGGAGGAGGGGGAUUCGGAGGAGGGGGCGGAGCUGGAUUUGGUGGGGGCUUUGGUGGCAACACAAACCCCCCGUCCGGAGGUACAGGCUUUGGCAGCAACACAAACACAUCAUCAGGCGGCUCGUCCUCAUUCAUGCAGUACCGUUAAUCUAUCCCGCGAUGCAUCGUGACUCACGUAACACAACAGGCGUAAUGAAUAUUCAAGAUGGCGUCUUGAGUAGCGUCGGAAGCAUCCCUCGACCCGAUUUUCAAAAUCUAUAAAGCUGAGUCAACUUUGCAUUUAGUUACCUGUUUUGAUGUUCUAUAAAAGGACAAAUUAUACAGUGUGUCGCUACUUUAAUUUUUAUUGACCUGUUCAACUUCAAGGGAUUGUAUAACUUUGGUAAUUGGAGAACCCACUGUUACAAUCCUAUAUGUUCAUUCAUUCAUUCAGUCGAUGCGGAGCAUCGGAAGAUGGCCCUCCAAACACAUUGGUCCUCCAUUGGUGUACGCAGCUCUUCCCGACGCAGUCCAGAGUCCUGGCACAAGAUGUCCACAUACAGGUGGUUUGUGGUCUGCCUCGGGAACAGUGACCUUGAGUAGUGGCCCAAAGCACAAGCUUGCUCACUGCCA